CGCGAGCUUAAUCUAUACUUUCAAGACUUCGCAAGUCCCUCACAGCACGCGAACACAAAACAUGCCUACUAAGGGCUGUUCACGCAAACCACCAUCAAUGAUGCUGCUCGCACUACUAUGCAGUCUGGUAGCAGCACCUCGAGCAUUCGCCAGCCCGCUUGCCGGUCUUCAGGAUCUCGCCCCGCAAAACCUUCCGAUAGGAGCUUCUCUUGGAGGUUUCGAAUUCGACUACAGCCCCAACCCUGAAUACGAUGAGAAGGCGCAUUACAAGAUCGUCAAUUUGUUCAAGCGUGGGUGUACGCUACCUCAAGGAGGCGUGUGUAGCGAUGGUGCUGCUUGUUGCAACAACCCCAAUGCGUCUGGCAAAGGUUGGUGUUGCAAUUCGGGAAAAUUAUGUGGAGAUGGAAAAGACGAGACAUAUUGCAUGCAGAGCACGUAAGUACUCCCAAUAUUUUGCACUUUCUACUUGCAAAACUGACCUUGGAGAAGUGUCUUUACGACAACCACCACGACACGCACCAAUGUCAUCACGGA